AGCAUUUUUAUAGUGAGAAUCUAGCACUCAAAGAAAGAAAUAAAACAAAGAUUUAUAUUUUCACUAGUCAUUGCAGUUUCUUAUAAAUUAUUUAUUACUUUAAAUGGCAGUAAGUGGGAAGGGCUCAAAUUUUAAUGAAGCUCUCGAUAGAUUUUUGGAAAACUCAACGAUGUGUGAUAGCAAUGCAGUCAAGGAUUUGAAGCAUUCCUUGGAAUCUUCCUCAAAUGUUUCUCCACUAUACGUUGGAAUUAAUGUAAAACAUUCAGUUAACGAAACAUUUGAUUAUAUUAAACUAUUUAAUAAGCUAAAUAAUGACUAUUUGGAACUAUUUCUCCCUUUUCUCGAGAAAUCUGGAUUCCAUGAUCAACAUUUUUCAGUUACAAAAAACCUAACAUCAACAUCCAGUUUAAAUGACUGUAAACAAGUUCAAAAUGUAAAUAAUGGAAAACCCCUCAAUAAUGAACACACUGUUAAAGUUCUGAGUGUGUUAGGGGACUCUGAAGAGAUAGUCUUACAGGACCACUUUCACAUAACUCUAUUUUUUCUGGGAGUGGAUAAGAAAACUCCGGACAUGAUACAGCAGGAUGUUGAAAAGGUUUCUAAAUACCUAAAAGAUAGGAGUUCUGACUUCAAACAAAUGUUAAACACUCUUACGUUACACGAAUUUUCAGUUUGCCUGAUGUAUAGACACCUGUACAAGAUGCCCCUUCCUUUUGAAACAUCAGAAUUUCCUGAAUUCAGUGAGGAGAAUGCAGAGCUUGGGACUAUGAGGUAUCUUGUUUUAGUUCCUGGAGUUGUUUUUUUCGCAAUAGUUGAACUCAAGAAACCUCUAUUUGCAAUUCCGCCUAAAGACUUUGAGGCUAAACCUGAACACCUUAAAUCAUUAUCAUCUGAUCCUUCACAUGUUCCAUAUGACCUUGAAGAAUUAUUUAAAAAAUUAAAGGAAACUGUUUUAAUUGAAAACUUUCACUCUACACACAUUACUCUUGGGACAUCAAAGACCUACAAAGCAGUAAUUUCUAACCAAAUAUGUCAAUCACUAGCACACUUUCUAGAUAACUAUGAUACGAGUAAUGUUAGUCUACAUUCAGACCUGAAAUAUGGAUCAAAUACACUCAAAAGUCAUUCGUGUUCUGGUCUUUCCCCAACAAAUGAGGAUCUUAAAAAACAUUUAAAGGUGUUCAACAGUGGACCAUGUAAAUAUGAUAAUUUGAAAGAGGUUUUCCUAAGUUCUGUUCCUUAUCUACUGGACAGUUUUUGUGGAUCUAAUGAAGACUUUAACGAGACUGUAGUAUUGAAAGAUGAUCCCCAAUUUCCCAAUAAUGCAAAACAGUUAAGACAAGAAUCAAAGGAUGUAUAUUCCAAAACAUGUCUUUAUGUAUCAGAUGAUUACAAAUGGUUUUACUUCAACAACCUUCCAGCCACUCACACUCUUCAUUCAGAAUCGAGUCAUGAAACCUAUGACUGGUUUGUGGACGUUUAUGUUGUGUCAUUUGAUAAGCAAGUAUCUGGAAACAUUCACUUUAAUCAAAGAUGACCAACGCAUUCACCAGGUUAAUACACAUUUUAACAAAAAUCAUACCACUUAGAUAAUACCCUCAAGUAACCUAAGGAGUGAUUAACCCAAUGAACAGCGAUUUUUGUAACUUUAACAACAUUGUGUUUUUGAUUCUUCACAUUUCCUAAUAGUCUCACCAACACGGCCAUGGAUGUAUCUACUAGUAUGAGAUUCAUUUACACAUCUUAAAGGAAUUUAACAGAGUACUACGAAACAACAUAAUGAGGGGAAUAACACCAUAACGGAAUUUACAUCAUCCAAGUUAAAUUGAUGUAAAGUAUGGGGAAUACAAUAUCUAAUUUUGUACUUUAAUCAUUAAU